GGCGAGAGAAACAAAGCGGCUACUUGGCCUGGGGUUUUCUCAUUUUCCUUUUUGGGUAAUUGGGUGGGAAUAGCGCCGCUGGAGAAGAUUGUUGCAAUUUGACACGACAUAUAUGUACGGUUUAUCCGACCACUUUAUACAACAAUCUCAAGAAAGUAUGGCGUCGGAUACACCUGCUCAAAUCAUUUCCAUUCCCGACACACCAAACGGAGCUGCAAAUUCUUCCGCCCAGCCAGACUCACUCGUCAACAUGCAGCCCGUUCAUGCGAAGCCAUUUCCUGAUAUUUCCAAGAUUGAAGUAUUUUCUGGGGCAAAUUUCAAAAGAUGGCAAGAACGUUUGUUCUCAACACUUGACAUGCAUGGCGUUGCCGAUGCUCUCACCCACGCCAUGCCCGACGACAAAUCUCCCGAAGCCAUCAAACUCCUUCAACAAUGGACCUACUCGAAUAAGGUUUGUCGUCACACUAUUCUGAGUACUUUAUCUAACGAGCUCUUUGAUGUUUAUUGCACGAAAAAAGUGGCCAAGGAAAUAUGGGAUUCUAUGAUUGCCAAGUACACAGCCGAGGACACCGUCAAACAAAAAUUUGUGAUAGGAAACUAUUACAAAUGGGAAAUGAAAGACGACAAGGACAUAAAGGCACAAAUUCAUGAAUAUCAAACGCUCUUGGAGGACCUCAAAGGCGUGCAGAUCGAGCUGCCUGAACCUUUUGUUGCCGGGAUCCUCAUUGAAAAAUUGCCCGAGUCAUGGAAGGACUACAAGCGCGACCUCAAGCACAAAUUUGGACCCAUGUCAUUAAAUGAAGUGAUCACACACAUUAUCAUUGAAGACACCAAUAGGAGGGAGGGCUCCAAGGCUCAAAUCAUGCAAUACACCUCCAACGCCAACCUAGUGGAGACUCAAAACAAAAGGAGGUAUAAUAAUAAUAAUGAAGAUAAUAACAAGCCAAAUUACAAUAAACCUAAAUCUAACACCAGCUUUAAAAAGGAAAAACAUUGUUAUGUGUGUGGAAAACCGGGACAUUUUGCAGCACAAUGUAGGAAACGGGCAACUAUGAGAAACAACAAACCACCUAGACCAAGUGCAAACUUGGUUCAAGAUGAUGAUGUCAUUGCGGCGGUUGUUUCUCAAACUUGUUUGGUGUCCGAUGUGAAUGAAUGGGUGGUAGAUUCUGGGGCUA